CGGCUGCUUUUUGGGGGGUUUCGGGUUAUAUAUUUAUUCCCAUCCUUGUGGCCCCGUGUUCCUCCCGCUGUCUGUCCGGGAUUGGGGGCUGGGGAGUCAGUGUGGCCCGGGAGGAGCCCCCCCUUAUCCUCCAUCCCUCCCUCCCUCCCCCCGGCCGGCUGACAGGGGGGGCGGCCAUGAGAACGGAUACAAAGUAACAGAGAGAUGGAACCUCGCGGGGCCCGGGGCUGGGGGGGGAGCACCCGGGACAUGGCUGCAGGGAGGAGGGGGUAACAGCGGGCUGGACAGCGACCGGGGCAGGUCUUGCAUCAUUCGCAGUCAGUGCUGGACUCCCACUCCUUGGGGGCACAUGGUGUCCUGCCUCGCUACCCCCUACCCAGAAGAUGACCAGAUUGCUAUUGGGAGUCACCCUAGAGAGGAUCUGUAAGGCUGUCCUCCUGCUCUGCCUGGUGCACUUUGUCAUCAUCAUGAUCCUCUACUUUGAUGUUUAUGCCCAACGCUUGGACUUCUUUAACAGGUUCAACAUCAAGAACUCCUCUCGAGUACACCCAUACUAUAACUUCUCACGGCCAAAUGGCACUGUCCACAGCUAUGCUGCUGCCACUUCUGCAGGGGACCCAUUUACACUCAGUGCCAAGCUGGAACUCAAUCAGACCAUCACCGAGAAACCUCUAAUCCCUUGUCCGGAUUCUCCUCCAGGUCUCGUUGGGCGUCUCCUUAUCGAAUUUAGCUCGCCUAUGAGCAUGGAGAGAGUUCAGAGGGAAAAUCCAGAUGUGACUGAAGGGGGCAAAUAUACUCCCCCAGACUGCCAGCCCAAAGAGAGAGUGGCUAUAAUCAUUCCAUUUCGACACCGAGACCACCAUCUGAAAUACUGGCUGCAUUAUCUCCACCCUAUACUGCGGCGUCAGAAGGUGGGAUAUGGGAUUUAUAUCAUUAAUCAGUUUGGCGAGGACACCUUCAACCGAGCCAAGCUGCUGAACAUCGGGUUCCUGGAAGCUCUAAAGGAUGCAGAGUACGACUGUUUUAUUUUCAGUGACGUAGACCUCAUCCCGAUGGAUGACCGAAAUCUGUAUCACUGCUACGAGCAGCCGCGACACUUUGCCAUCGCUAUGGACAAAUUUGGGUUUAGGCUGCCGUACGCUGGCUAUUUUGGAGGAGUGUCUGGACUUAGUAAGGCUCAGUUUUUAAAGAUAAAUGGUUUUCCCAAUGAAUACUGGGGAUGGGGAGGAGAAGAUGAUGAUAUUUACAACCGAAUAACUCUCAACGGCAUGAAGGUUUCCAGGCCUGACAUCCGCAUUGGGCGUUAUCGGAUGAUAAAACAUGAACGUGACAAGCACAAUGAGCCCAAUCCUCAGAGAUUCACAAAGAUCCAGAACACUAAGAUGACAAUGAAGAAGGAUGGUAUAAACACGCUACACUACCAAGUGAUCCACACCGCCAAAUACCCCAUGUACACAAAUAUAACAGUGGAUAUAGGAAAACCGCCACCUCGACCAAUCCGGGGGUGACUGGUGCUCUGCUCCCUGCCUGUAGCCCAUUUUGGACUCCAUCUUUGGAAGGAUCCACAUUCUGUACAAUUUUUAUUUUCAGUCUUGGAAAACAAAGUACAUUCUGCUCGGCCUCCACCAGGGUGUUCCGUUACAGGACAGCGGGAAUAUUUCCUUUCCUGGUUUUUGCUACUUAAUGUGGAAGUGAACUGCUGUGUUUAGAGGAUGACAAGGUGGUUUAACAAACCUGGUGCUGUUAUAGGAAGAGGUCUCCAAGCCAAUGUUUAGUGCGCAUGAAAACGCAGGAAGAUCCAACGUGACCUUUAAACACAUCUCUCGUUCCUUAUUUUCUUUGUGAAACACAUUGGGGAUGAUUUUAUGAAGAGCAAUUUUUGGAGCAAUUAGUAGGAAUAAUACUUUGGUUUUCAUGGUGACUGCUUCACUUUUAAAUCAUUGCCACAAAAUAUAGAUUUCAGUGAACAUAUUUCAUUUUAACAGCAUUUCUCCCCAAAUUGGUAGUUAUACAGGGUUUAUAUACAUUUUUAUAAUCCAUACAUCUGGGAGGGAAUAAAAUUAUCCUUUUUAUGCAGGUAGAGCUCUGAAAUUUGACCUCUGACUAGAUGUGUAGGCAGCUAUUACAGACCACGUUUCCAGUGCUGUUUUUUGUUUUUUAAUUUGUUCUUUAAAUUGAAGGUGGGUCACGGUUGGAGAUCGUUCUAGCUGUUACCUUUGCCACAUUGUUGUCCCGUUUAUAGGAUUUCUUUGAGUGCCAAAGAAAGUUUAAAGUUGGUGGAAAUUGUUUUGGAGGUUUGUUAUGUUUCCUUAUCCCCUAUGUUUUAACAAAUAUGUUGGAUGUGAAAAAAUAAAUUAAAGGGAUCCUAUAGUGCCAGGAAAACAAACCCGUUUUCCAGGCACUAUAGGCUCUUGGAGUGUCCCCCUCCCUCAGGGCCCCCCUCCCUCGGCUCUGAAGGAGUUAAAACCCCUUCAGUCACUUACCUUAAUCCGGUGCUGGUGACCUCUCCUCCGCCGCCGAUGUCAGCUGCCGAGUGGAGCCGAAUGCGCAUGUGCGGCCAGAGGUGCGUGUGCAUUCAAACCGGCCCAUAGGAAAGCAUUACUCCAUGCUUUCCUAUUGGGAUCUUUUUUGACGCCGGAUUCCGUGUGGACAUCUAGCGUCAAAUAAGUGCGAUUUACUCCGUGUAAAUCGCGGAACCGGCCUCUAGUGGCUGUCAGGGAGACAGCCACUAGAGGCUGGAUUAACCCUGCAGUGUAAACAUAGUUUCUAU